UUCCCAAUUUAUCGAUUAGAUAAGAGAACAUGAAACCGUAGCCUCAAUUUAAAGGGAAGGAAUCUGUCGAGUAAAAAUUGAAACUCCAAGUCAACUUCUUUGGAAAACAACAUAUUCGCUAGACAUGUCCUACUAAAAUUGUUUUCAUUAAAUAACGAUGACUUGAUUAGGAAAAAAAAAGAGUAAAAAUACUAUUCUAACGUUUCAUGAUUAGCAGUUUUUAAAAUGAUUUAAUAACAACAAAAACUCCCAAUUUUUUUGUUCACGUGCCUAUUAUAAUAAUGCAUCAUCGUCCCCAACCACUGUAGCUAAUUCCAUGCAUGCAUUAUUGGUUCUUAAAUAAAGGUAAUGAAGCUGCUCAGAACAGUGAACAUCAAGCCUGAAAAUCAUCGGAGCAAAUAAUCCAGUUCUAUUUUUCCUAACCAUGAGUCUGCCUUCUUGCGGCUUAAAUUAAAAAAGAAAUCGCCGAGACAAAGUAAGUUUAAAAAAAAAAAAAAUUCUUGUACCUUGGCGAAAAGGUGCGACACUUUGACGAAGAACACACCAAGGAUGCAGCCAAAAAGAACAACAUAGCGGAACAUGUUAUGCCAGAGCUCAUCGAGAGCACCCAACUCGUCCCGAGAACUUUUUUACGUGUCAUAAAUUAUGAUGGACGAGUGUUAUGUUAAGCAACCACGUGGGGAGGUGCGAUCGUAAUUUAAAUAAACGAACUGUGAAAUUCCUUUAUUUUUUACCGAAUAACCUUUGCGGUGGUUUGGUUACAAUCGAAUGAUUUUGUUUGAAAUGUUCUAGAGUUUGUGUCGAAUUGUGAACAAGGUGUGAAUAUAUGCUGUGUUUGUGAAAGAGUGUGAGGAUGCUGCUCUUCUGGAAUUUAAUCUGAUCGAACGUGAUAAAAAGAAAAAUCGAACGAGACGACGAUUUCUUUUGGUACUAAGAAAGAUUUCGCAGAAUCAACAAUUUCUUCAAGCAUCAUGCUGAAGCUUCAUCCCUUAACUAAACGAACUCACCUGUGCUGAUCAACCUGUCCAUACCUCGAUGGAUCGGCAAGGUCCGUUUAACCGGAGAAGAAGUAGAGAUAAGCCACACGAAAUCGUGAACCAUUCCACCUGUCCCUUACUGCUGCACGCUGGCCCAAGAGGUGGCCAUGUGAAGCAGGCACUUGCCCUUCAGGAACACUUCACUUAAGAGAUGAAUAGAACUGGACUUAAAUUCACUCUACAGGAUAAACAAAUAAAACAGCAGCAGCAGAAACAAAAGAAAAGACUCUCAUUCCGAGAUCCGGAGGUCGAAGGUCCUCAACAGCAAUCUCAAAUUUACGGUGGUUGUAGACCCAAAGCUCUCAUUCCCUCCUCCAAACCAAAGACGGGAAGCCAAAACGUGGAUAACUUUACUUUAGAAGAUCAAGCACUGCAAAUCGCUCAGAGUGUGGGAAGUGCAUUUUCAGGAUUGUCCCUGCAAACUGACAGACAGACCAACCUUUAUAAUUCCACAGAUUUUCUCGAAAGUACCCAAAACUCUGUCGUGGAGACAAAUAUCGAAGAGUUUCCAGAGAAUAAUUCAUCUUUUCAAAGUAAAAGGAGUCAUCUUAGUCCCUUAAAACUUUCUUUUGGUGACCAAGACUUUUUAGAACGAGACUUGAUCAUGCGCUGCCCAACCAUUGAACCCAAUGAGCAUACAUCUGCACAUAAUAGCAUUCCAACGAUAGAACUAUUAGAAGAGAAGUACCCCAGCAGUGCCCAGCACCAAAUACAACUUCUGAAGUAUCAAUUGGACCAACAAUGUCAGCAGACACGGAUGGCACUCUAUCAAGUACAACUCUUGACGGACCAAAUGGAGGCUGAAUGUGCUGCUAGACACAAAGCACAAGAACAAAAUAAUCAACUAAUGCUCCAGAAUCAAGAUCUACUGAAGCAUAUAGAAAAGUUGUUUCAACAAAUCGAAGAACUAGAAAAGCAUAUCCAUUUCUUGGAGUUAGAUAAGAAAUCAAAAAUUCCACAAUUAGAAACUCAGGUAUCUCAACCACGAGCAUCUUUCUACAUGGGAACUAGACGCCUGAGUGGAGAUCAAACUUCAGAGAUAAAACCACAAGCAAGUAUGGGACAGACACCAGCAAGUAGAAGCUCAUUCACCACUACAAAACCACUUCUACCACAAACCAAAGUAACUUCAUCCACUAUGCAACCAAACACUUUGGCUGCCACUAGAAGAUCAUCACUGACUUCGCCAAAACCGUUCACAGCUGCUCAAAUGAGGAACGACAGCUCAAGCACUCUACAUAUAGGCGACACAAGCCCACCCGUUCAGAGUGGUCCAACCAGCCCUUUCAGUUCCUCUUGGCGACUGAAAACUCCAGAACCACCAACACGAGAGAAAUCGCCAACUGUGCCGGAAAGAACCCGAACCAGCAGCUUUAGUGCUUUAAGCAAACUAAAACCACCUGAAAUUAAUACAAAAACUUCCUUCUUUAGUGGAAGUAACACUACAAGUGCUAUAACAAACAAAAAACACUCCUCGAGUACUUCUGAUUUGUAUAACUCAAACGUGUUUCAUUCUAGUAAGCCGUCAUUAGUGUUGGAUGAUGCAUCUUCGAGUGGAAAAAGUGCCAUUAGUAGUGUCAGUGCCACUCCUGCAAGCAAACUUCCAAGGUAUCAAGCCUACUCUGGAUGGCAGAGACGCAGCUCUCUAACAAAAGAAUCUGAACAGAACUCUACAGCAGGAAAGGACAAAUUAAGACACUUUUAAUUUAUAAGCCUUAUAGUCUAGUCUGAUUAAGAAAUUAAAGUUUUCUCAUAUAA